UGUUUCUAUUUAUGUGAAUAUCUGAUUAUUUAUUUUUUUGGUAACCAUAAUUUGAUUUUGAUCUAGAAUGUAUAUACAGUGUUUCUUUAAAUGCUAUACUUUCUGUUUACACUGCGAUUUUAUUGUUUGAGACAUUUUAUUUAGUUUGAAAUAAGACAUAGUAUCUUGAUGGACCAGACUCUUCUCUGUAGAAUGACCAUUAGAUGAUACGUUUGGCAGUAUGAUGUGUUACAUUGUUCAGUACUCUUUUUAUACCGCACGUAAAGAUUUAUAACAAAAUAUCGAUCAGCACCAUGGACAGCGACUGUGCGUUUGGAUACGGUCCAUUCGUUUCAACCACCGGGAUGAGCUUUAUGUCCAUCGUAUUUAUAUGUUAUAUAUACAUAAAUAUAUUUAAAAUAUAUUGUAAUUACUGUAUCGUUGCCCCAUCUUUUUAAUAGGCAUUGUAUGUUUAAUGCCCACACAGAGAAUCUGCUGUUAUUCUAUCCUAACGGACUCCUAGAGGUUAGGAUUCCGUAGUUACUUGAUGUUACAGUAAACAUACAUUCAUAUUUUCUUUUGUUUUUUUAAACAUUUUUGUAUAUUUUGCCUUUGCUGUCUAAUUAAUUUAAGAAGAUAUUUGUUUUUGUUUCGUCGUUAUCUUGAACCCGCCGUAAUCCACAAUACAGUGAUAAUAUUAGAUGCAUUGGUUUUUAACGGUUGAUGAUUUCAGGACCCUGGACAGAGUCUAUAUCCACAGUAUGUACCUUUUUAUUAAUAGUUCAACUGAUUAACUCAAUCAUUGGUUGAUUACUUAUUCUAAUUGGGUACCAUCAACGCAUAACUUUUAUUGGAUAGUUUUUAGCCUGUACUUGUCCUUGGGAAAAAAGACUUUUACCCGGUAGAGAAAUUGUAACAUGUUUGUAUUACAUGUUCAUUUAUUUUGCACACUUCAGUGCAAUUCUAAUAGAUGAACUCUAAGCGCCGCUGUUGGCUAGUUUGUGCUGGAAUCGCCGCAGACUCUUUGUACCUCCCAUACUGCCUUUAUUUUAGAGACAAAAAAAGACUGUGGCAAAACACGCACUGUGUGGUUUCAUCCGCGGACAUAGGACGCUGCGAUCUUUUUUGGAAUUAUUCUUUAAGGUUAGCGUUCAAAACCAGGAGGUUUUAUGUGCUAAAUGACUUGGUGGACUAAUUUGGAAUAACGUCAGAGAGAACAAUGAGACAACGUGCACUUCUGCUUUUGUCGAUCCUCUCCCUAAGCUCGACGAACGGACAGGUCAGCUAUUCCAUUCCCGAGGAAUUGCCCAGAGGUUCGCUGGUUGGAAACAUGGCUAAAGAUUUCGGUUUAGAUGUCAAGAGACUUAAAACAGGCAAAGCUCGCAUAUUUACUCGAGACAGUGAUGAAUACAUCGAGCUGAAUAACGACAGAGGAGUCCUCCUCAUCAAGAACAGAAUAGACAGGGAAGGGCUUUGCGGACAAACGACGCCUUGCUCGCUGCAUUUUCAGAUUAUUUUAGAGAAUCCCAUGGAAUUUUACACCGUCACCGUUGAAAUCGUGGAUGUUAAUGAUAACCCGCCAUCGUUUGAAAAAAAUGAUGUUAAAAUUAAAAUAAGUGAGUCCGCUAAAAGUGGAGCUAAAUUCCUCUUAGAUCGGGCCAUAGAUCCUGACGUGGGUUCAAACGGUCUGCAGACAUACAGACUUGAACCUAAAGAUAAUUUCAUUAUUAAACUGCAGGAUCAAGCAGAUGGAACGAAACAUGUUGAAAUGGUUUUAGAUAAACCACUCGAUAGAGAAAAGCAUGAGCAAAUGUCUUUGAUUCUGACAGCGGUGGAUGGAGGAGAGCCACAGAUGACAGGAACAAUGCAGAUUUUAAUCACGGUUUUAGACGCUAAUGACAAUGCUCCUGUUUUUACACGACCAGUUUAUAAAGAGGCAAUAAAAGAAAAUUCACCAGUGGGAACAAUUGUACUUACAGUAACUGCAACAGAUGAGGACUAUGGAAAUUAUGGUAAAAUAACAUAUGCAAUUUCAAGUACAUCAGACCAGGCCCGUGGUCUGUUUAAAAUAGAUGAAGAAAGUGGAGAAAUUCGACUUAACGGAAAUGUUGAUUAUGAAAAAACUCGAUCAUUUCAAAUAAACGCAAGAGCAAGCGACGGCGGGGAAUUAUAUGACACUUGUAAAGUUUUAAUUGACAUAAUUGAUACCAAUGACAACAAACCUGUUAUUCAGAUAAUGUCUAUAUCGAACGUGAUAUCAGAAGAUGCCACAACCGGCACUGUUGUAACUAUGAUAAAUACUCACGACAAAGACUCGGGAGAAAAUGGGAAAGUGCAGUGUACCAUUAGUAACAAUGUACCUUUUGUUAUUAGGUCUGAAGUCAAUGAUUUUUAUAGCCUAAUGACAGAGAGUGCAUUAGACAGAGAAAACACCAACGAAUAUAAUAUAACAGUGAGCUGCUCUGAUGAGGGAGUGCCCUCUCUCUCCAGCAGCGUCACUCUCACCUUACAGAUUUCUGAUGUUAAUGACAACGCGCCUGUCUUUGAGAGGACCUCAUAUGAGGCCUACAUAGUAGAAAACAACACACCAGGUCUGUCUGUAUUCACAGUUAAAGCCAGAGACGCAGACUGGAACCAGAAUGCUCGUGUGUCUUACAUCCUGGAGGACUCCUCUGUUAACGGAGUACCAGUCUCCUCCUAUGUGUCUGUCAGUGCUGAUAGUGGAGUCAUACAUGCAGUGCGUUCUUUUGACUAUGAACAAAUCAAAGAUUUUCAGUUUCGUGUCAAAGCUCAGGAUGGAGGCUCUCCUCCACUCAGUAGUAAUGUGACCGUGAAGAUACUGAUCCAGGACCAGAACGAUAACCCUCCUCAGGUUCUGUACCCAGUCCAGACUGGUGGCUCUGUGGUGGGUGAAAUGGUGCCUCGUUCAGCAGAUGUGGGCUAUCUGGUCUCUAAAGUGGUGGCUGUUGAUGUGGACUCUGGACAGAAUGCCUGGCUCUCCUAUAAACUCCAGAAAGUCCCAGACAGGGCUCUGUUUGAAGUUGGCUUACAGAAUGGAGAAAUCAGAACUAUCCGCCAAGUGACUGAUAAAGAUCCUGUCAAUCAAAAACUGACUGUUAUAGUGGAGGACAACGGACAGCCCUCUCGUUCAGCUACAGUCAUUGUUAACGUGGCGGUGGCUGACAGUUUCUCUGAAGUACUGUCUGAGUUCACUGACUUUAAACACGACAAGGAGUACAAUGACAACCUGACUUUUUACUUAGUGUUGGCUCUGGCUGUAGUUUCCUUCCUCUUCAUCACCUGUUUAGUUGUUAUCAUCUCAGUAAAGAUCUACAGAUGGAGACGGGAGCGCCUGUUUUAUAAAUCCAGUCCUGGGAAUCUUCCUGUUAUUCCCUACUACCCUCCACUUUACGCAGACGGCGGAGGCGCCGGUACUUUAAAGCCCGCCUUCAGUUAUGAAGUCUACGGAACUACUGACUCACGUAAAAGUGAUGUGAAGUGCCCUCGACUUUUCAGUGAGAGCACCUUAACUGUUGAUCGUUGUGCCACAGGGACAGUGCCAAGACACACAACCCAAUCAGAGAACAUCUUUGGAGAGCAAAAGCCGCCCAACAAUGACUGGCGCUUCACCCAGGGACAAAGACCUGGACCUAGUGGUCCCCACAUGCCGUACGGCACACACAUACGAUGGACACCGAAGAAUGGGAAAAGGGCGACCGGAGGACCUGAGGUUGCCAUGGGAACUGGUCCCUGGCCACAACCCCCAACUGAAGCUGAGCAGCUCCAGGCCCUGAUGGCAGCUGCCAACGAAGUGAGUGAGGCUACAGCCACACUGGGGCCCGGCACCAUGGGCCUUAGCACUCGCUACAGUCCCCAGUUCACUCUGCAGCAUGUGCCCGACUACCGCCAGAACGUCUACAUCCCUGGCAGCACUGCUACGCUCACCUCCAACCCUCAGCAGCAGCAGGCCACCGCCCAGCAGGCCACUCAGCAGGCACUGCCUCCACCCCAGGCCACAGCACAGGUGGAGCCGCCCAAGGCCGCUCAGACCCCUGCCUCCAAGAAGAAGUCUGCCAAGAAGGAGAAGAAGUAGACGUAGAAGGAAAGAGGUGGAUGAAAGAUGAGCCUGGCCUGACCUGAUGAAGAAGUCUAACCCCACACAUCCUUCCAUGAGGUAUCUGACGGCUGUCACUCACACUUGCCACGGUUCAAACACUGACACUAAAUCAAUUCUAUUCCCGGUGAUGGUGGAUGGUGUUUAAGAAAGUUAGUUUUGAAAGUUCUGCUUUACUUAAGGUCUUAUUUUGUUGAUGUUGGUAGAUACCGUUGGCAGGAUAUGAGGGGUUAAUGUUUUUUUUUCCCUUUUGCAAAAUUAAAUGAACGUGGACAAAAAUAAUUUAGUGUAACGAUCCUUGCUGGGAUGACAAGGCUGUACACAGUGAUGAAGUAAGACAGAAAUGCUGGUGUUUUUUUCAAAUGUUGGAUUAAAUGUUCUUUCCUUGUGUUGGAAAGUCAGCUGUAAAGUAUGCUACAUGCCAUCCAGUAGACUCCACUAGAGGAUCAGCCUUGCAGGGAGCUCUCGCAUAAAUCCUGUGCAUAAAAGGCUGCUGUUUUAACAGGUAUUACAAAAUAUUUUGCAUGCUCUAUAAGGUUCAAACCACAUAUACUAGUCUAGAGUUACAGACUAAGCAUUGCAAAAGCAAAGGGGAGGAGUCUUCUGUUCUCCCGUCAAUCGCAGGUCAACGUAAUGCACAUGUAGCAUUCCAUUGACGUAAAAUGGUAAUAACUUUUGUAAUCAUAGUUAAAAAAAAUUGGAUCAGUUAGUUUUUUUGAGCAUGCAAUCAGAGGAAGUGCUGGCUGACAGUGCGGUGGUGUAACAUUAUCUUAGGUCAUCAGAGCCUGUGUUGUCCAUGCUGGUCAAACUCCUCGGUGACACCUUCAGUAGGGCGGAGACAUGUCCUGCACUCUUUGCCACCACCUCCUCUUACAAUUCGCCCCUUACUUAAUAUCCUAUGUUGACAGCCAAACAAAAAAAAAAAAAAAAAGAAAUGCACUGUUUGUAUUCUGAAGAUGAGACGUUGUUGGGAGUUAGUGUAUCACUUCCUUUUUAGGGAAGCACGUAAAUGUGGUAAACUUAAGUGCUUAGGACUUUAUAGACACACCUCGGGCCCUUGCGGCCUCAGUGGAGUAUUACUCUCACUCUAUCCUGAAGUGCUGAAGAAACUUAUUGAUGUGACACAUUAACAAGUAUUGUUUAUUUGGGAUAUCAUGAUACAAUAGCGUAUAGAUGAAAAUGUUUGUAGAAGAAACAAAAGUCUUUACGUUGUAGUCCGUCCGUCUGUCUGUCAGCACCCUGACCAGACACAACUGCAUGAGUGAAGGUUCCGUGGGGGGUGGUGGGGAGUAUUGUUGUGGUGCAGGGCACUGAUACUGAGGUGGAACCAUUAUGUCAAUCAGGGGGGGUUUGGGAGAACCUUCCUCUACCUCCUGAAUGUACAAAAGAACCACUGUUGACCAUCCUCUAAACUUGAUCUAAUGCACUGACCCCAGUAGAGGUCAACAGAUCCAGGCACAACUGUCCUUUUUGGGAAAAGAAACCACUCUAGAGUCCUUUGAAACUUUUUUUUUCUCCGCUGAAAGCAAUGGGAAACCUCAGUCUCCUUACCCUUCACCUCACCCCUCCACUCCCUGAUCCUGCAGGCUUGUUCCCGCUGUAAAUAAACCAGUCCUGUCGAUGGUAUGAGCCAGUUGUCUGUAAAGCAGGGACCACGUCCAACAUUUUCAGUCCCUGUCCAACGAGACGUGGCUGUUCGGGAAUGUGUUGCAUUUUGUUUUUCAAGAAAAGUAAGAAAAACCAAUGGUAAAAAAAAGUUACAAAUACAAAUCUGAGAUGUUCUUCAACAGUUUGUGUUGCAAUGUAGUAAUUAAGCACCAUGGAAGCCAACUAACUCUCUUCAGUGUAAAUAAAGAAUUAAAGAUAACUUUAGGUAAGUAAACCAAGUGACACACGUAGACUAGCUAACUUGUGAUAUGUGUUGCGCAUAUUUUUGUGUUCAUUUUCUCUCUACUAUCUUUUAUCACCCUGUAAAGAAGCAAAAAUUAAAAAAACACAGAAAUGUUUCUAUCCUUCUGUAACCUCUUAUCGUUCUUUUGCUGUGUUGUUUUCUCCCUGUGCAUUUCCAUAAGAAUGCCUCUUUCAUUCUCUUUCUGUCUAUAUGAACAAAUGAUUAUAAAUAUUAUAUAUGUGUAAGUCCGUCCGCUGCUGAAUUAAUACUGCUCUAUCCUGCUGUAUUAUCUUUCUUAUCAAAAGCUUAGACCCCACCCCCACCUGUCCCCAGGCUAUAUCCCUGUGUUACGCUCUUAUUUUUAUGCUAAUAUUUAUAUUGCUGUUUUAUUUUCUCUUGGACACUGACAUUUCAAAUAAAAAGAUUCUGAAAUCAUGUAAA